CGCAGCCAAUGAGAGGCGGCCGCUAGCGAGCACACCCACAGAGCCUGAGAAGACUCCUCCCUCUCCGUCUCUUUCCCCCCCGGGCCGGGAAUGGAACAUGGCGCUGGCAGCAGCAGCAGUAGGAGGAGGAUGCGGCGGAGGAGCGGAACAUGUAGGACAAUAAGAGGCAGCGGAGGGGGAGUAGCACAGUCGCUCCGUGUUCAUGGAGAAUAAAGGUCCGGUGGCGGCACCUGAGCAUCAGGACUUCUCGCCUCCCCCCAGCACUGCAGCAAAAUGUUGAUAGUUGAGAAGACAACAGACUACCCUUCCACGGAGUAUUCUCUAGUGGAAGAUGUGGCUCUCCACUUCACUUGUCUCAUGGACAGACUCAACGAGCAGCGCCUGUUUCAGCCUGACCUCUGCGAUGUGGACAUUGUACUGGUUCAGCAAAAGAGCACGUUCCCUGCUCACAAAGGGGUCCUUGCUGCCUACAGUCAGUUCUUCCACUCCCUCUUCACCCAGAACAAGCAGCUCCAAAGAGUGGAACUGUCCUUGGAAGCCUUGACGUCUCGAGGCUUCCAGCAGAUCCUCAACUUCAUCUACACCUCCAAGCUGUUGGUCAACGGCUGCAAUGUGCAGGAUGUCCUCAAUGCGGCGGCAGUUUUGCAGAUGAAUGAAAUUGUCACAUCUUGUCAGGAGCUGAUCCACAACAGGUCUUUGAACCUGUCCUUGGCCAACGAUAUUCUAGAUGCAGAGGGCACGAGGAAUGAUACUUCUGCUGUAAUGCCACCACAGUUUUAUCGGGAGAUCAAGCAAGAGGUGGAUGCACCUCAGACUAAAAUUUAUUCACGGGAAGGUAAUGACCCUUACUCAGUCAGAGUAGAGGACAGUGUGACCAAAGGACAUCUUCCCAACACGUCGUCACCAAAGCAGUAUUUCAAAGACGAGGAAAGGAGUGGACAGAGGGUUUGUAAAAUUGAAGGAGGAGACUCUGAAGAGGACGUUGAAAGCCAAGAGUCCUUCAACAGAGAGCAGAUAAUUGUAGAGGUCAAUUUAAAUAACCAGACACUAAAUGUCUCCAAGGGGACAGAAGGAAAAGGAUCCUCAGAUCCAGUAACCAUCCUAGAUCGAUCAGAUGGGGAUGACCGAGGCUCGGAAGAAGAUGGAGAUGAUGAAAACGAGGAGGAGGAAGGUGGACUCGAAGAAGAGGAUGAUUUUUUAGACAUGUUGGAGGAUGAAGAAGAUGAAGGCAUGCAAAGUGAUGAGGACAACGAGGAAUCACGGGAGGAGGACAAGGACAACGAUGAAACUGAGGAGAUGACCAAGGAUGAAAACUCUGCAGAGGAGGAAAGUCCGUCUCCGAGUGACGACAAGUCCACCAAGAUGAAUAAAGGAACUCGAAAUCAGAGAGGAGCAGGAGGUAGUGGAAGGAGGAAAAAGAAAGGAGGACAGGAUGGGGUGGGCCAAAAAGGCAAAUUUGAAGAGAAGCAAAGCUUCCCAUGUAAGAAGUGCCCUAGGGUGUUCAACAAUAGGUGGUACCUGGAAAAGCACAUGAACGUCACCCACAGUCGCAUGAGGAUCUGUGAUAAAUGUGGCAAACGAUUCCUGCUGGAGAGUGAAUUGAUGCUGCAUCACCAGACGGACUGUGAAAAGAACAUUCAGUGCUUAACGUGCGGGAAGACCUUUAAGAAGCUGUGGUCUCUGCACGAGCACAACAAGAUAGUGCACGGCUAUGCGGAGAAGAAGUUCUCCUGUGACAUCUGCGAGAAGAAAUUCUACACCAUGGCCCACGUCCGAAAACAUCUCGUCGCGCACACUAAGGAUAUGCCUUUCACCUGCGAGACCUGCGGCAAGUCGUUCAAGCGCAGCAUGUCCCUCAAGGUCCACUCCCUCCAGCACUCCGGGGAGAAACCCUUCAAAUGUGAGAACUGCCACGAGCGAUUCCAGUACAAGUAUCAGCUGCGCUCCCACAUGAGCAUCCACAUCGGCCACAAGCAGUUCAUGUGUCAGUGGUGCGGCAAGGACUUCAACAUGAAGCAGUAUUUUGACGAACACAUGAAGACCCAUACCGGUAAGGAAAGAGAGAAACCGUUCAUCUGCGAGAUCUGCGGCAAGAGUUUCACCAGCCGACCCAACAUGAAGCGGCACCGUCGGACGCACACAGGAGAGAAGCCCUACCCCUGCAACGUGUGCGGCCAACGCUUCCGUUUCUCCAACAUGCUGAAAGCUCACAGGGAAAAGUGCUUCCAGGGUGGAAAUCCUCUGACUCCUGGCAGUCCGGGCACGGCCGCCAGCCUCUCCGCCUCAUCCCAGAGCGGCAAUUCCCCCGGCCAGAACAGCCCUGGUCUCUCCCCUACCCUCCAACAGCACUCUAUGGGUUUGCCGCUUCUCCACUCGCUGGCCCACAGCAUGCCUCCUUCUUCCCACCACCUUCCUCCGCCUCCGCCACUCUUUCCUGCAGGACGGGUCAACACCAACAACAACUAAAGUCCAACCUAAGACAUUUAAGUUCCCCUCGGUACAACUCUGUGAAAUGGUUGUCUAUGACUUGACUUCCCUUCCUUUGGAUCCGGCCUCCACGUGUAGAUGGGGGUGUAAGGGAGGGAGAAACCAUCUUUUGUCCUUUAAAGGAUAUGUAAACCUUUAAAACAAAUGAAUAUAAAAUUGAUGAUGAUGCUAUUAUAAGCACUUUUGCAAUGUACAUUC